CUACUCGUAAGUUUUAACUCAUGCCAAAAACGGGCCUCAUGUAUACCUGAACGCAGGAAAGCAAUUAGGGUUCGACAAUGGCGAGCGGUGGCGAGAAGAGAAUAAGGAAGAUUAGUGAGCUGACGGACGAAGAACUCGAAGUGGAAAUUUGGGGAAAGACGGGAACGAGGCCGCGCAUCGACAGAGCAGCCAUUGAUUACAGGCGUAACUUUCCAUUCGCCAAGGACUUCUUGGAAGAAAAAGGAAACCCCCCUGAUCAUGUACAUGUUCCCCCGAGUCGCCAGAUGUGGAGGAAGGACUUGUAUCCCCAAUUUCUCAGAGCAGUUAAGGUUCAAGAGGAAACAUACGAGGAAAGAUACAAAUUUACUGGAGAUUUUGAAAAAGAUGAUCAAGAAGCUCUUGUGUACCGCAGUAUUGAUGAUUAUAUCAAACUUAGCGAGGACGAAAAAAUCGCUACGAGAGAAUAUCAAAAAGAUAUGAGACGAUACCACAGAGACGAAGCGAAAAGCCGUGGUUUUGAUGUUGGGUCGUAUCCAUACAGAGAUUAUUUUGGGCUCACUGGUAUUGGUUACUUAUACUGUUAUUACAAACCACCCGAGGUGACGAUCCCUAAAGCUCGUUUGAUUACUCUGCUUCAUCUCUCUCGGUGGGCUGUUGCGGUGUACAACAGUUAUCAGGGAAAGCGUACGUGCUAUGGUAAUGUACGAGUGGUGAAGGCGAUGAGUUUUGGUUGUUUUGGUACAGAUUUGAAUAUCAGUUUUCAGGCUGCCUCCUCUUCUGGUGACUACCAAUUCCAAGCAACUGUGUUAGAUUGUGCUUUUCCACCAGAUGUACCCUAUUCAUCCUUUAAGAUUGUCCUUGUUAGGAAAUUGAUGUCAGGAGAAGAAAUAGACCCUCCGGAAGAAAUUGAUUAUGUGGGUGUGCGAUUCCUCCCCGUAUUUCCCUUUAGUAUGGAAAAGCUCUCCGAUUUUGAUGAGAAAGAACCACAAUCAGCUAAUGUUCUCCACUUUUAUUGUGAACCCAAAGUACCAUAUCCCGAUUGGCUGUCACUGAUAUCCGUUGAUCUGCCCCUCAAUCUCUGUGAGUUUGUUCUCCACCAGUAUAACAUUGCUCUCCACCGGUUUGACAGUGAUAAGGAUGAAGAUGAUGAAAUAUAUGACAAAGUUAAAGUUCUCCGUGUGAUUGAUGUAUUGAGAACAUUGGAUGCUGAAAACGGGACAACUUACUAUGUCACAUUUGAAGCCUCCUUACUUGAUGACGAAGGGAAUCCUCAAGUCUUCGAAACAAAAUUAUUUAUGUCUCCCCUGAUCCCAACUACAAAGAUAAGGAUUAAAUUUGUCAGGGUCAAGAGCAACUGACUAAAGGAUACUCUUCUUGAUUGGAUUAUGAUUGUUAUUGAUACUGAAUAGGUUUUGUGAGGCUGCAGGGUGUUUUUAACAAAGAAGAGGAGUAUUAGGAGUAAAGUGUUAGGGAUUUAUUUUAUUUCGUGGGGUUGAUUGUUUUAAGGUGCAUCUUUGAAUCAAUGUUGUAAAUCAGUUGCUCCUGAGGUUGAUCGUGACUAAAAGCCGGUGAAAAGUUUAUCGAUGCCUAGUGAAGGGAGGUCAAGGUAUAAUGAUAAGCAGGCAAUCACUCUGAUCACUGUGCAUGCUAGGAAUAUUGAGAAUGAAAGGAAUCAGGCACAGUGUGUUUUUCAUGGGUACCAUCGUAGCUUCGGAGGAAUUUCUAAAAGUAGUAAAUCAGGGUUGGUUGCAGUAGGGUGGGCUUCAUGGGUGGUUAAAGAUGUUGGUGAAGAUCUCAUGGGGUGGGUGCCAAGAAAAGAGAAGUCUUUUCACAUUUUAGAUAAUAUAAGAGAAGACAAUUAUAACAUAGUUUAUCGGACUCUUGAUCUGGAAAAAAAGAAGAUUGUUGCUUUGAAGAAAAUAACAUUCAACAAUCUUGCAGGAAUUACAUUUCGCCCUGGUCUAAAGUCUACAGAACCUCAGAUCAAAUGAUGCAUGAGGCUAUUUUGUGGACUUGACUAUUGCCACAGUCAGGGCAUUCUGCAUCGUGACAUUAAAGGCUCCAAUUUUUGCUUGACAAUAAUGAAAAUUUGAAGAUAGCAGAUUUUGGCUUGGCAUACUAUUACGAUCCAGCACAAGUCUGGCAAUUUACAAAUCGUGUUGUUACUCUCUGGUACCUAUCACCUGAGCUCUUGCUCGGUGCCAGUUCUUGUGAUAGUGCCAGAGAUUUAUGGACCACUGGUUGCAUUCUUGUUGAAUUAUAUGAAGGACUCCUGGCAAAUGACUUGUAAAUAAGUUGUUGCAGACAAUUAUACAUGUAUGGCUACUAGAAAGAUAAAUAGCUGAAAUUGCAGCAGUAUCACAUAUAUCAUCUCUAAUUUCACACAUAAUGUCGCAUAAGCUGUCAUGAAUUUAUGCAUUACACAAAUUCAAAAUGAGGAAAAAAAAAAGCGACUAAUUAUAAUAUAUUAUAAUCUUGAUGUAAAAGAAACUAACAUAA